AUGCCCUCAGUCCCGCCCCGAUAUGGUCGCUGGGUACUCAUUCUGGCCCCAGUAAUCCUGAUCCUCCUAAUCCUCCAAUUCAUCCACGCCGAUUUCGGCUCAAAUACCACGCAGGACGUGAUCGAACCCGCCGCAGGUCUAACAAUCGAAGCACACAAUGAAACCGCAAAAACCGAACAUGUACCAUCAUCCUGUCCAACAGAAACAGGAAUGGAUGAAGUGCUCGUAGUGAUGAAAACCGGCAUCACAGAAGCGCAACACAAAGUCCCCGUCCACCUCAGGACAACCCUCCGCUGCGUCCCGCACAAGAUAAUCGUCUCCGACUUCGAAGAAGACAUAGCCGGAACACGCACACACGACGUCUUCCUCAACGUCUCCGACACCCUCAAACAAAGUAACGGCGAUUUCGCCCUCUACAAUCGCGCCCGCGAAGGAGGCCGCACAGCCCUAACAGAACAAGACCACACGAAAGUCGAAAAUAGCGCCUCUGGCAUGACCGAUAACCCGGGCUGGAAAUUGGACAAGUGGAAGUUCCUCCCGAUGAUUCAUACCGCGCGACGCGAGAAGCCAGAUGCGAAGUGGUUCGUGUUCCUCGAAGCAGACACGUAUCCGAUCUGGCCGAAUGUGCUCGGGUGGCUGGCGCAUUUCAAUCCCGAGGAUAGACUGUAUCUAGGGAAUCAGAUGCAGAUCGGAGAGAAUCUGUUUGCGCAUGGUGGGUCAGGCUUUGUGCUUUCGCAUGCUGCUAUUCAUGCUGUGGCGGAUUUUCAUAAAUUGCAUAUUGAUGAGUGGGAUGCCAUCACUGAUCAGGAAUGGGCGGGAGAUUGCGUUCUUGGCAUGGCGCUUGAUGCGGCUGGUGUUGGGCUUACUUGGUCUUGGCCCCAGGUUACAACUCAGUCGGUUUGGGAGCAGGAUAUGUUGCAUGAGGCGUUUGGGAAGACGCCUUGGUGUUUUGCUCCUUCGACUUUCCACCAUAUGACGCCGGCGGAUGUGGAUCGGUUUUGGGAAUUCGAGCAGCAGUGGUUUGCGGAUACAAACUCAAGCGUCCUCACAUACAGUGACAUCUUCCGCAAUCUCAUCCGUCCAACCCUCGCAGACCACCUAGACAACUGGGACAACCUCGCGAGCGCCGGUGACGACAAAGAAGAUUACAAGGGUCCCGCGACGCCCACUUCUUUCGCCGCCUGCGCGGAUUACUGCGCCGCAGACCCAAACUGCGUCCAGUACCGUCUGACAGCCGACAUGCGCUGCACAACGUCAGACGCGGUACUGCGCGGGAAGCCCCAACCAGGCACGCAGUCAGGGACGAUGUUGUGGCGGGUUGAUGCUGCGGUGGGGCGGAUAGGGCAGUGUGAGAAAGUGACGUGGGUGACCAGCUAG